AUGUUCCACGAGCACCGCUCUGGACGUCUUCCUUAUGUUCUCCUCAUAUGGAAUUACCUUCGCCUGCUGGAUGCUUGGGAAAGCCUUUCGCUGUUCUCCCACUUUGCCUUGCCGGUCGUGGCAGCCUGGCACGUGCUGCAGGGCCGAAUGCGAGCUGGUUUCUCUGUCGACGAGUUAUCCUGCGUUGUGGCUUACUUGCGCUCGGGACAGCUCUCGCAAGGGCCUCUUGAGUUGCAGCCUGUGGUUGCAGAAGCUCCGGAGCAAGCGGCCCUGGACAUCUUCUACGCUCCGCUGGAUACGGAUGCUCUGGCCACGGAUGAGGAGCAUGGUCCGGACAGUGCCACCGAUGUCGAGUCCGCAGAUGGUGCCUAUGGAGAUGUCUCCAUGGGCGUGGAUGCAGAGCCUUUGUAUCCG